AUGGCCGAGCAGCAGUACGCCUACGACUCCACCGACGGCGUCCCCGACCAGCAGGUCGACCAGGCUGCAUACGCCGAUGCUAGCCUCUCCCCUGCCCCCGUCAACGGCCAUGUCUCCCCCGCCCCGGGCUCAACCAACGGCGAUGCCUCCACUGCCAACGGUGCCGCAGCCAGCAUCAACGUGAUCCGCAAGACGCUCGCGUCUUGGGUCGGCUUCUCCAACCUCCCCAACCAGGUCCAUCGCCGCAGUGUCAGGCGCGGCUUCCAGUUUGUUGCGAUGGUUGUCGGCGAGUCGGGUCUCGGCAAGUCGACUCUGAUCAACACCCUCUUCGAGGACACGCUUUACCAGCCCAAGGUGAUCCCCGAGCCCGGAGCCGACCGCGGCAGGACGGUCCAGAUCGAGAGCAUCAACGCUGAGAUCGAGGAGAAUGGUGUCCGUCUCAAGCUCACCGUCGUCGACACUCCCGGUUUCGGUGACUUUGUCAACAACGACGAGUGCUGGAAGCCCAUUCUCGACAACAUCGAGGCACGUUACGAUGCCUACCUGGAGCAGGAGAACCGUGUGAACCGCCUCAAGAUGACCGACAACCGCGUGCACGCUUGCAUCUACUUCAUCCAGUCCACUGGCCACGCGCUCAAGCCCAUUGACAUUGAGUUUAUGAAGCAGCUCCACAACAAGGUCAAUCUUAUCCCGGUCAUUGCCAAGGCCGACACGCUCACCGAGGAGGAGGUGGAUGUCUUCAAGCGCCGCAUCCUCGCCGACAUCGAGCACCACGGCAUCAACAUCUUCCAGCCGCCCUCGUACGAGCGCGACGAUGACGAGACCAUCCAGGAGAAUCACGAGAUCAUCUCCAAGAUUCCGUUUGCGGUCGUCGGCUCCGACCACAUUGUGCCAUCCCCCGACGGCCGCCAGGUCCGUGGCCGCGAGUACCCGUGGGGUGUCAUCGAGGUCGACAACGAGCAGCACUGUGACUUUGUGAAGCUGCGCCAGAUGCUCGUCCGCACCCACAUGGAGGAGCUCCGCGAGCACACCAACGACAUCCUCUACGAGCGGUACCGCACGGAGAAGCUGCAGGCCAUGGGCGUCGCCCAGGACGAGAGCGUUUUCAAGGAGACCAACCCCGCCGCCAAGCAGGCCGAGGAGCGUGCGAUGCACGAGGCCAAGCUGAAGAAGAUGGAGAUGGAGAUGAAGAUGGUGUUCCAGCAGAAGGUGCAGGAGAAGGAACACAAGCUCAAGCAGUCCGAGGAGGAGCUUUACGCUCGCCACCGCGAGAUGAAGGAGGCACUCGAGAAGCAGCGUCUCGAGCUCGACGACAAGAAGCGGCGCAUCGAGAGCGGCCGUCCGCUCACGCCCGAGAAGGGCUCGAAAAAGCGGUUCGGUCUCGGCAAGUAA